AUGCCAAAAGCCUUAUCCUUACUAGCAGGCUUUGGACUUGUUACAGUACUUACCUAUCAGUCCCGAAUCAAUCUUAUUACUAAUACAGCAUAUGUCCAAGAACAGAUCGAUGAAGCAAAAAUAAAAGCAGAUCUAGCCACUGACAGCAGGGCCAUUAGACUAUCUCUCGCGCGUCCUCCAACCAUGUUGGAAAAAUCUGUAGACAACACCAUUCUGUACUAUGAACGUAGACUUAUACCUUCUGUAAAAGAAUCUUGGAAUGCGCAGGUCGCCAAAGCUGCAUCAGCCAUUAUUCAAUCUGAUUUACCAAGAAAAACAGGAAAGUUUAUUCUGAGAAAUGUAUUUGGACAUGAAUAG